CAUAAAACAACUUGUAAAAUUUUCUAACCAACGAAACAUUGAGGUUAUAACAAGUAUUAAAUCCAUUACAAAUAUUUUCGGAGUAACAUUAUAAAUGGUUGGUUCAGAGUUGACAAGUGUUGAUCAACAAUAAAAUAUAAAAAAUACAUAAAUACGUAUUUGUCAAAAUGCAGUCGAUGGGUGACAGGACUCUAGCUGCUUUUUUGAGUGCAGAUUUAUCGAGUUUUACUAAUGUACAACCGAAAAAACAAUUUAAAAAAUCUUUUAGUGACAUGACAAAUAACUCGACUCACUCAAAAAAUAAUUCGACCAGCAAAAAAGAAGAUGAAACUGACCUAACGCAAUAUUUUAAAGACAGUAUUAUAUCAUUUUCAAGAAAUGUAACAAGUCCAAAAAAAUCAAAUAGUCCACGAAAACCUGGUACUCCGAAAAAGUUAAACAGUCCAAGAAAGCCUAGAAGCCCGAAGAAAAAUAAUACCCAAAAACCAGCUCUUGAUAUAAUUAUCGAAACCGUAAAACCAAAUCGAGUUAAAGAAAAUAAUAACUCGGAAAUUUUAUAUCCAACAGAUUCAAAAUGUUUUACCGAAACUGAAACUCCAGAUGGACUGGAAGAAAAAAAUGAACCAGAUUGUCUUAAUGUGAAAGAAGAUUUAAAUGAACCAGAACCUUUAAAAGAUCAAGAUGACUCGGAUACUGAUGAUAUUUUUAACAUGAGUUUGGAACUUACAAGAUCAAGAGGAGUUCGUAACUCGAGAAGCCAAAAGAUGUUCCGUAAAGCUAAUCAAUUAAUUUUAAAUGAUAAUGAAAAACCAAAGAAUGACGUUCAAGUAUCACUCUUACAACGGUUAAGUAAUCAAUUAAGUCAAGAUCAUAUAGAUGCAAAAAUAAGCCCGUCAAGCAGUCAAGUAUCAGUUAAAAGUAACGAUAGUAGUGAUAUAAAAUCUUUAAUAAAAUCACCGUCAAUUAUUUCAAGUCAAGAUCGUUUGAAAUUAGUUUACUGGGGUUUACCAUCAACUAUUUUACGUCAAUAUGAAUCUCGUGGAGUAGUAAUGGUACGAGAAAAAAUGUACUACUUUCAAGAAAUUUUAUCAGAAACUAGUAUUAAAGUUCAAGGUUUUAUGGGAGGUGUCCAUCCACAUGGAGGUUUUGCUGCAACUGAUUUAGCAGUUGCGACUAUUGAAAAAGCUAAUUCUUUAAUAAAUCAACUUAUGGAAGAAAAAGAAUUAAAAACUCUUGGUGCAGUUGUAAUUGAUGAGUUACAUCUACUUGGUGAUCCUCACCGAGGUUAUUUAUUGGAGUUAUUAUUGACCAAGUUAAAAUAUAUGACCUUAAAAGAAGAGCAUGUUCACAUCCAACUGAUAGGAAUGUCUGCAACACUUCCAAAUCUUAGUUUGUUAGCAAACUGGCUGGAUGCUGAGCUUUAUAACACCGAUUACCGACCAGUGCCACUGAAAGAACUUUGUAAAGUCGGUACUACAAUUUAUGACAAUCAAUUGAAUAUUUUAAGAGAAUUAAAUCCAUAUUCAGAACUUUCUAAUGAUCCAGAUAAUAUUAUCCAAUUAUGUUUAGAAACUGUUUUAGAUAGCCACAGUAUAUUGAUUUUUUGUCCAUCAAAAAACUGGUGUGAAAGUUUAGCAAAUCAAAUUGCCGCUGCAUUUUACAAAGUAGGAAGUCAGAAAUCCGAAUUAGCUGAUAAUUUACGUGGACAAUUAAGUAGAGAUGCAAUUAUGGAGAUACUUGAACAACUUAAACGUACUCCAGUUGGUUUGGAUAAAGUUUUGAAACAUACAGUGUCAUAUGGAGUAGCAUUUCAUCAUGCAGGGUUGACGAUGGACGAACGUGAUGUGAUUGAAGGUGCUUUUCGUACAGGAGCUCUGCGAGUCUUGACAGCAACGUCUACAUUAAGCAGCGGAGUUAAUUUACCAGCAAGAAGAGUAAUUAUUCGUACUCCGAUGUUUCACGGUAAAGUUAUUGAUACUCUGACUUAUAAACAAAUGAUUGGUAGAGCUGGACGAAUGGGUAAAGACACUGCUGGUGAAAGUAUUUUAGUUUGUAAGCCAAUUGAACGGAAUAUGGUGUCAAAUCUUCUAAAAUCUGACUUAAAACCUAUUGAAUCAUGUUUAGAAGGCUCUAGAUUAUUAGUUCGUGCUUUACUUGAAGCAGUGGCCAGUGAAGUUGCCUAUACAAUUACUGACAUUGAAGCCUACAUGAGUUGUACGCUUUUAAAAUUUACAAGUGAUACGAGUCUAGUGGAAGAAAUGACCAAAGAAGCUAUUGAUUUUUUAGUUAGUAAUGAAUUAUUACUGAUACAAAAAUCUGAUGGAGUACGUAGAUGGGUGGCUACUCCACUGGGAAAAGCUUGCUUAGCAGCUUCAGUACCACCAACAGAAGGAUUAUUUUUAUUUGAAGAGCUUCAAAAAGCUCGAAGAUGUUUUGUACUGGAUACAGAACUCCAUGUAAUUUAUCUAGUGACCCCAUUUAACUCAUCCAAUCAAAUCGGCCAAAUAGAUUGGUAUACGUAUUUAGAGUUAUGGAAAAAUAUUUCAGAGAGUGAGAGACGUGUUGGACAGCUUGUUGGAGUAAGUGAAACCUAUUUAUUGUCAGCUGUGAGAUGUCAACCGAAACAAACCAAGACAUUGGACAUUCACAAACGUUUUUUUACAGCUUUGGCACUUCAUGAUCUUGUCAGAGAAGUGCCUUUACAUAUUGUUUGCAGAAAGUAUGAUUGUGUGCGAGGUGUUAUUCAAAGUCUUCAACAGUCAUCUUCAACUUUUGCAGGAAUGGUCUCGCAGUUUUGUAAAAAGCUCGGGUGGAAUUGUAUUGAAUUGUUGGUCUCACAAUUCCAAACACGUCUACAGUUUGGAGUUUGUCGAGAAUUAUUGGAUCUUUUGCGACUACCAAUGUUAAAUGGAUUGAGAGCAA